GAAAGAUCAGAUGUCAGUUUAACCUCAACAUUAUUUUGUAUUUGUAAAGAAAUGGCAUGAUUUUUUUAUGUAAGAAAUGCGGCGAAUAGCACCCAAAGUUAAAUAAUUUGGCAAAAAGUGAUUAGUUUAAAUUAUUGCAAGGUAUCGCUUCUUUUAUUGUAAAAUCUAUAUGGUUGUUUAGUAAUAUUUUUCAUAAUUAUAUGCAUAACAAAUAAAACAUUUAAAAAUGAAUAAGGAAUAUCUUACUGCUGAGCAGUUGAUGGGUUUCGAAAAUUACAAGUACAGCUGCAAAGACACAAAUCCACUCAGCAUAUAUGUUAUGCACCCAUUUUGGGAUAAAGUGGUAGAGUACUGUCCCAGGAGUAUAGCCCCAAAUUUACUGACAUUUGUAGGAUUUUUAUUUACCCUAGUGACAUUUUUUAUGUUUUCUUAUGAAGACUAUGAAUUUUAUGCAUCUGCAGUUGAAAAACCAGAAGUGCCACUUAUACCUUCAUGGGUAUUCAUUGUAGGUGCUAUAAACAUCUUUUUAGCAUAUACUUUAGAUGGCAUUGAUGGUAAACAAGCCAGAAGAACAGGAACAAGCAGUCCUUUAGGAGAGCUGUUUGAUCAUGGAUUAGACUCUUAUACUGCUGGUUUAAUGCCAAUAACGUUGUUUUCAAUAUUUGGUCGUGGUGAAAAACAUAGUGUCAAUGUAUUUAGGAUGUAUUAUAUUCUGUGGAAUGUACUAGUCAAUUUUUACAUACCUCAUUUUGAGAAAUACAAUACAGGGAUUUUGUUUUUACCCUGGGGAUAUGACUACUCAAUGUGGACUUCUAUUUUUAUGCUAUUCUUUACUGGGGUCUUUGGUCAACAAAUGUGGCAGUUUACUGGACCUGGUGGCUUAAAUGCAGGUCACUUAUUUGAAAUUUUAAUUUAUGUUUCUUCUCUAUCAACCACAAUCCCAGUGGCAAUAUUUAAUAUUCAUAAAGCAUACAAAAAUGGCUAUGGUCCUCUACAUUCUUUUUCAGAAGCCGCUAGGCCUUCAAUACCAAUUUUUAUAUUCUUAAUCCUUUCUAUUAUUUGGGUUCAAAAAUCUCCAUCAGACAUUUUAGAAAAAGACCCCAGAGCUGUCUACUUUCUCACCAGUACAAUUUUCUCUAAUAUAUGUUGUCGUCUUAUUGUGGCUCAAAUGAGUAAUACAAGGAGUGAAAUAUUCAAUAGUUUAUUGUAUCCUUUUGGAGCUGCAGUAUUGCUAUCGUUACUAUUAAAAAAUGACUUAGUGGAAUUGGCUUUUGUAUAUGGUUUAUGCUUAAUUACCACGCUUGCUCAUAUCCAUUAUGGAACAUGUUUGGUCAGACAAAUGUGCAGACACUUCCGAAUAAACUGCUUCACAAUAAGGGAUCACUCUGAAUGACUUCUUGCCGACAACGCAUGAUGAUUUUAUUUGCAUCUUGCGUUGUCCCUCGGUAACUUUAUUAACAAAUUUGUUAUUAUCUAAUUUCGAACACGUUCGAAUUACUUUGCAGCCGUUAUUGUUUUUGCCAUUUUAUAAAAAUUUUAUUGUCGCGCUUAUCCUUUAUUUCCUACCUUAAAUCUAUUAUUUAUUCUUUUUUUUUUACUAAUCAGUUUUCUUACUAAUACGUUAAAAAUGAUGAUCUUCGUAGUUUUUCAAUGUCCUACAUCAUGCAAAAAAUCUUUAUCAAAAAGUGAUUUUUUCUCAUUUUAUUUUAGAAUUGAAAGCAACAUUAAAAAGUAAAUUACGUGAUAAAAUAGUUAUACAAUACUAUGAAAAGAUAUUGCAUGAUGUUGAAUUCGCAUGGGUAAAAGAGGCCAGUAAUAAUGAUCAGUUUUUCCUUACGAUCAACGGUUUUUCGUACAUUUUCAAUAAUUUAUUAUGCUUAAAUUUAUUUUCAUACUGAGGGAAUAAUAAUAUUGUAAAUUAAUGUGAACAUUUUGCACUUUAGAAGAAAACGCCAUAAAUGUAAGAAAAAUUUCAACAUGAAAUUUUUAGUGUUUUCUGGCACAAUCUAGCUCGCAAAUUUUUAUAAACAAAGAACAUUAUUUAUAUAAAAAAAUACUUUUCUAAAAUUUUCGACAAGCGUAAUUGAAAGUGAGACCAGAUUUUACGAUAUCAAAUGUUAAAUAAAUAGAUAUC